CUGUUUAUCAUGCUGCCUGUUAGAAUUGGAUCUCGAGGGGUUGAACCUGUACGGUUGGGAGUAUAUUGAGGAUGGAGCAGCUGAAGACGAUCGGGAGGGAGCUUGCGAUGGGUUCCCAGGGCGGCUGGGGCCAGUCUAAGGAGUUCCUGGAUCUAGUGAAGUCCAUUGGGGAGGCACGCUCGAAGGUGGAGGAGGACCGCAUCAUCCUCCGGGAGAUCGAGACCUUGAAGCGCCGGAUCGCAGAACCGGACGUUACCCGUCGAAAAAUGAAGGAAUACAUAAUACGCCUGGUCUAUGUGGAGAUGCUGGGUCAUGAUGCCUCCUUCGGCUAUAUUCAUGCCGUGAAGAUGACUCAUGACGACAACGUUUCCCAUAAAAGAACCGGUUAUCUUGCUGUCACGCUCUUCUUGAAUGAGGAUCAUGAUCUGAUCAUUCUCAUUGUGAACACUAUACAGAAGGAUCUGAGGUCUGACAACUAUUUGGUGGUUUGCGCGGCCCUGACUGCAGUUUGUAAACUCAUCAACGAAGAGACCAUCCCAGCCGUGUUGCCGCAGGUGGUGGAGCUCCUAGGCCACUCCAAGGAGGCUGUGAGGAAGAAGGCAAUCAUGGCACUUCACAGAUUCUACCAGCGUGCUCCGGCUUCAGUAGCUCAUCUCCUUUCACAUUUCAGGAAGAGGCUUUCUGAUAAUGAUCCUGGAGUUAUGGGUGCAGCAUUAUGUCCCCUUUUUGAUCUUAUUACUGCUGAUGUAAACUCAUACAAGGACCUGGUUAUCAGUUUUGUUAGUAUUCUCAAACAAGUUGCCGAAAGAAGACUUCCAAAAGCAUAUGAUUACCAUCAAACGCCUGCUCCAUUCAUCCAGGUGAAGUUAUUAAAAAUUCUCGCAUUGCUUGGUAGUGGGGAUAAGCAGGCUAGCGGACACAUGUACACUGUACUUGGUGAGAUAAUUAGAAAGGUUGAAAUGUCGAGCAACAUAGGAAAUGCUGUGCUUUAUGAAUGCAUUUGCUGUGUUUCAUCCAUCCAUCCAAAUACAAAGUUAUUGGAUGCUGCUAUUGAAACAACUUCAAAAUUUCUGAAGAGUGAUAGUCAUAAUCUCAAAUAUAUGGGUAUUGAUGCUCUUGGUCGACUUAUUAAGAUAAGCCCAGACAUUGCAGAUGAACAUCAAUCGUCUGUUAUUGAUUGCCUGGAGGAUCCCGAUGAUACAUUGAAGCGGAAGACUUUUGAGCUACUAUAUAAGAUGACAAAGUCCACCAAUGUUGAAGUCAUAGUUGAUAGGAUGAUUGAUUACAUGAUUAGCAUCAAUGAUAAUCAUUAUAAAACUGAAAUAGCUUCACGUUGUGUUGAGCUUGCCGAACAAUUUGCACCAAGCAACCAAUGGUUUAUCCAGACCAUGAAUAAGGUCUUUGAGCAUGCUGGUGAUCUUGUAAAUGUCAAAGUGGCACACAACCUAAUGAGGCUUAUUGCUGAAGGGUUUGGAGAAGAUGAUGAAGGUGCAGAUAGCCAAUUAAGAUCAUCAGCUGUUAGCUCAUAUUUGGGUAUACUUGGGGAGCCAAAACUCCCAUCUAUGUUCCUGCAGGUCAUAUGCUGGGUACUAGGGGAGUAUGGUACUGCUGACGGGAAUUAUUCUGCAUCUUAUAUUAUUGGAAAGUUAUGUGAUGUAGUGGAGGCCCAUCCUAAUGACAUCACUGUCAAGGCUUAUGCAAUAACGGGUAUCAUGAAAAUCUAUGCAUUUGAAGUUGCUGCUGGGAGGAAAGUGGAAAUGUUGUCUGAGUGUCAAUCUCUAAUUGAAGAACUACAAGCAUCGCAUUCAACUGACCUGCAACAGCGUGCAUAUGAGCUAAAAGCUUUAUUGGGUUUGGAUAGUCAUGCUGUUCAACAUGUCAUGCCAUUGGAUGCAAGCUGCGAAGAUAUUGAGGUUGAUAAAAAUUUGUCAUUUCUCAACAAGUUUGUGCAACAAGCCAUUGAGAAAGGCUCACAGCCCUACAUUCCUGAAAGCGAAAGGUCCGGGUUCUCGGAAGUUGGCAAUUUUAAAACCCUAAACGAGCAUGAAAAUGCUGGGCAUGGUCUUAGGUUUGAGGCAUAUGAGCUUCCCAAGCCAGUACCCCCAGUAAAUAUAUCUCCAGCCCCACAUGCACCUCAAAUCACUCAUACAAUUCCAGUUUCUGAGCCUUCACAUCCUCGAGAAAUUAACCAAAAUCCCAAUCCUUCAUCCAGUGCUGAUACAUCUUCAGCAAACUCUGAAAUUAAACUCCAACUGGGUGGCGUGCCAAUGAAGUGGGGCAAGCCUGCAUAUUCGUCUUCUUCAUCUUCUAGCUCUGGCACCAUUAGUAAUACAGCAAAUGGGGUCGCACAUCGUGAUGCCGCCGCCAUUACUGCGGCCUCGCAAACACGAGAUUUCACAUACAACCACAGGAGGCAGCAAGUUGAAGUAUCAGCUGAGAAACAGAGAUUAGCUGCUUCUCUGUUUGGUAAAUCAUCAAAAUCUGAAAAGAAAGUUCCAUCUACCAACAAGGCAUCCAAAGCUAGUUUUCCAAAUACUGAGAAGCUAGCUGCAAAACCUUUACCUGCAGCAGAAGCUCCAAAGGAGAAGCUCUCCAAUUCUUCGCCGCAGCCGCCACCGCCUCCCGAUUUGCUCGAUUUCAGUGAAUCUUCUCCUUCAAUCCCCGCACCUGAAGAUCCAUUCAAGCAGUUGGAAGAACUUGUUGGACCUUCAGCGGCUGUUGUUCCAGAGGCCCAUGACAUCAUGGGAUUAUAUGGUCUGAACUUCAGCCCUGUAACUCCAGCUAAUAGGAACUCCGAAGAAGCUAAUAUUGUGGUGGCAAACAAGAAGGGGCCAAAUCUCCGAGAUGCUUUGGAGAAGGAUUCGGUUGCAAGGCAGGUUGGCGUGACACCCACAGGUAAUAAUCCCAACCUAUUCAGAGACCUGCUUGGCUGAAAGAAUUAUCCCAAAAUCCUCAGGAGUUCCACACGAGCUUGUAAUUAGAUUAGAAUCCCAUGCUUAGGAAGUUCAUGUUAUUUAAAUUUUGGCGGAUUGAAGAAAUGUGUAGAAUUAAAUUUUUUUAUUGAGUGGAAGAACUUAGAAAGCUGGUGCAAAGGAAUUAGGAGUAAUUAUGCAGCCAUGGUUGAUUACAGUUGCAUAUUAAGGCUUCGUUUGGGACGGCUUUCUUACUGCUUAAAGCAGCUUUCUAGCAUCAAAAUUUAAAUUUUUUACAAGAAAGUUGCUUUAAGAAGCAGUAAAAAAGUCGUCCCAAACAAAACUUAAGUGUAAUAGUUCAACAAGUUUUCAUAUUCAUUGUAUGGAAGCUGGGGGAAAGGAUAAGGAAGUUGUUUGUGGAAAAAGCUAAAGCCCUAAAGUGAUUACUGCAACUUUCUGCAAUAAAGUCCUGUAUUUACUAUGAAUGUAUCUCCUUCAUUUACAUUUCUGUUUUAUGUUUGUAUUACCACUAUGAAUAUAAAUUUACUCAAUUCGUUUCUUAUCUCUUA